CGCUUCACAAUGUUUUCAGUAAAAGUUCUCGCCAUUCUCAUUGUUGUGCCGGUUUUGGUAAUUAGUUUUAAAUGUCCUCAGACGGACCUUUCAACUAAUACGGCUUACAGCGACUGUUCCGCCAACAACUAUUGUACUACAAUUAUUGAGUUUAAUUCCGACGGCACCUUCAAAGACGAGAAAAAAGGAUGCGACAAUGCGAACUGCCAAGGCACCGGACGAUUCAGCUCGGUUAACCAAUAUGCAAUUGGUGGACCUACUGCUACAUUUUACAAUUGCUGUACUGGAGAACAUUGCAAUAGUGCGACCAGCAAAGGACUCCUUGCUCUGCCCAUCAUGAUUCUAAGCUACGUUAUUUUCAAAUAAAUUUAAUUUUUGUUUUCAUCAAUGAUUUUCACCAAUAAACGUUUAAUUGUU